AUGCCACCCCCACGACCGAUUGAUCCCGUGAUGCGCGAGAUCUUGAAGGAUCGAGGCGUGCGAGCGCUGAAGCGGCGCAUCACCGCAACUCCACCGGCUGAGUUUAUGGCUCUGCUACAGAGAAGCCAGUUAAGCGUAAAUGGCACGUACGAGGACCUGCAGGAUGGCAUGCUGCAGUAUAUGAUCGCGCGCGAGAGACCUGAGUUGAAUCGGCCGUUGGCUCCUGGAGACUUCGCGUUGGGCUUCGUCCCAGGGCCGCCCGAAAGAAUUAUAAGACCUUCGAAUAGUCAGUGGAGUGGCGUGCCGGUGAUGGUCAAGAAGGCAGACGGAAUGUAUCGAUUUUGCCUGGACUUUCGUCCGGUGAAUAAAGUAACUAAAAUCGAUGCAUAUCCGAUGCUUAAUCUCGAUUCGAUUUUAGACCGGCUGCGCGGCGCGGUUUUCCUCUCGAAAAUUAACUUGCGAUCAGCAUUUUGGCAGAUCCCGUUAGAGGAGAAUAGCAAGCAGUAUAAUGCAUUCGCGGUACCGGGAUCAGGACUAUGGGAAUUCGAGAUAAUGCCGUUCGGUCUAGUGAAUGCCCCAGCAACGUUUAUGAGAUUUAUGGACUCGUUGUUUGACCCGGAGUACUCGCCGAAUGUAUUCUGGUAUAUGGAUGAUCUAUUAGUAGUGAGUACGAGUUUCGAGGAUCACAUGGCUUGGUUAGGUCGAGUGUUGCGUAGGUUAGUGGAGGUAGGCCUGGAGAUAAUCUUGGAAAAGUCGGACUUCUUUUGCACCGAAGUUAUAUAUCUCGGCUACCGAUUAGACUACGAGGGCCUACGCCCCGACCCGGAAAGGAUUCAGCCGAUCCCGGAUUACCAGGCGCCAAGGAACAUAGAACAAUUGCGUCGAUUUUUAGGUAUGGUCGGGUGGAAGAAAAAUACUAUUCAAAAAUUGGAGCCAUAUUCAAAAAAACCAUUAGCAAAAAAUUAUACCGAUCAUAGUAGUAAUCCUAAUCCGGAAAUCGCUGCUCUUGAUAGUGUGAAUAAAAUAUUAACCUUUGGAACUAUGCCUCAUUAUAGAGAACACCAUCCAUCAAUAAAACGUACUGGAAUUGAAGAUGAAGAUCGAGACACGGGGACCGAAGAAGUGGUGUCAUUCAUAGAUCUUCCUCCUAAUAGUUUAACAAAAUUACCUGAAAAGGGAAUUUUAAAAAAGCAUGGCGGAUAUGGUAUCGCUGAAACUGGAUCCAUAUCUGAUGUCGAAAGAACGCUAAAUACUCUCAAUGGAUAUCAUGAUGACAUUUUAGAAGCAUUAAGGAAUGCACAUCGUGGUUUAGCUAGUACUCCAUCGGGUAGUGCUAAUCUUCUCAAUGAUGAGAUCAUACGAAAAUCUCUAGCUGAUCAUGGUUAUUCUGAAGAAUCUUAUCGUAAAAUUUCGAAUAGCCAUGACAAUGUUGAGAAUGCAGAAGACGAAGAUGAAGAAGAUAUUCCACCUACAUGCGGAACAAUGAGAAUUCGUACGCUUGAGGAUAUUAUUCGACAGUUGGAGCAUCAUUCAAUUCGACAUAUAAGUCCAGUUGAUUCUGAAGAUAUAAGAUUGUCAGAAAAUGAAAAUGAACGACAUUAUCGUAUAGAUUCUUCGGCUUGCAGUGAAUCUUCUCAAGGAAGCAGAAGAUGCAGCAGGACGAGAGAUGAUGAUACUCGAUUUGUAUACGGUCGGUAUCGACAACCGACUUCUCGAAGCCCAUUUGAGUUGCACACCCGUCAAUUACACGAGGAUGAAGGGAUUUACGAAUCAGCUGAUACAGACAGAGGCUCACACAUAAGAGGUGAAACACCUGAUAGUGAAAGCUCCACAACGAUUAGUCCAGUUGAUGAAUGAAAAAUAUUAAGUCUUUUUUACUGGCUACUGGCUUAUUAUGGUAACAUUACUAUUUUUUACUACCUUCGUACGAAAAAAACAGAUUACCAUUAAAGUUAAUCUAGAAAACUACCAAAACAUUUUAAUGAAGAAAAUUGAUAAUUCGUCCACUUCUUCACCAGUUAUAAAUAGACAUUCACAUUUUUAGUAUAUUCUAAGUAUUUAAGUUAACAGAGAAAACUGUAGGCAUAUGUGGAAUUUGAAGGAUCCAAGAAAAAUUUUUGAACAGUAUUGAAAAUUAUACUA